GAAUGAGGAAAACCUUUCAUUCCUCCUAUAGAUACAGCAGUGUCACUGUGUGGGUCAAACUCUGAGUGGAUGACACAAAGGCUAAUACUUGCCUUUUUCAUAUCUGUUAAGUAUUUCGUCAGUGUUUGUUCGACUCUCAUCAGUCAAGGAUGGAGCUGUACAUAACAAUUCUUACUUUAACCACUGUUCUCUCAACUGAUGCUGAAAUUGUACAUGAAUAUUUCGGAAUUCAUGGAUGCUCUGAGACAGAUGGAGAGGAUAUGCAUGGACUUGAUGAAGAGGAGAUGUGGCAUGCUGACUACAAUCAGAAGAGAGGAGUAGUAACAUUGCCUGAUUUUGCAGAUCCUAUUGAAUUUCCUCAUUUUUAUGAAACAAGUGUUAUUGAAAUGACAGGAUGCAAAAGUGAUGAAGCCUUUUUGACUAAAAUUUUCAAGAGCCCACCACCAGAAAUGGAUGCACCACAGACAUCCAUCUAUCCAAAAGAUGAUGUAGAGCUGGGUGUUCAGAACACCCUCAUCUGUCAUGUGACCGGCUUCUAUCCUCCAUCUCUCAGCAUCUCAUGGACUAAAAAUAAUGUUAAUGUGACAGAAGGCAUGAGUUUAAGCCAAUACCGUCCAAGGGCAGAUGGUACCUUCAACAUCUUCUCAACUUUUAGAUUUACACCUAUUGAAGGAGACAUUUACAGCUGUACGGUGAACCACAGAGCCUUCCAGGGUCAUCCUCAGACCAAAGUAUGGGAUGUAGAUGUUGCUCUCCCAAGUGUUGGUCCAGCUGUGUUUUGUGGAGUGGGUCUGACUCUUGGACUGUUGGGAGUCGCUGCUGGAACUUUCUUCCUCAUUAAAGGAAACAGCUACAACUGACUAUUAAUGAGUUCACUGUAUUUUUAACUUUGAUGUGUUCUGAAUCUCACAAUGUUGUUAUAUUGGGUGAUUUUAAUAUACACAUGGACAAUGUCAAUAACACUCUCACCAGGGAUUUUAUAUCAUGCCUUGACAGUUUUGUAAUACAACAAGUUGUUAAUAUUCCUACUUACUGUAAAGGCCACAUUCUUGAUCUCAUUUGUUGCUCUGGUGUAACUACUUGUUGGUAUCUGUAACAAUUACUAUACUACUAUAAUUAGGUCAAAUGAAAGGAACAUGAGAUAUUUGUUUAAUACAGUAAAUAAUAUCUUACGGCCACCUGAUACUCUUCCUCCUCACCUAUUUUCUAGUAAUUUAUGUAAACAUUUGACCUUUUUAAUACCAAAAAUGAGCAUGUUAAACAAUUAACUCUUCAAAAUAAUAUGGCAUGUGAUCUGCUGCA